CUCCUCCCGGUGCGGGGCGGCUUCUCCCGGUGCGGGGCGACGCGGGAGCGGCGGGGCCGGGCUGGGCUGGGCUGGGCUGGGCGCAGCGCGGAGGUGACUCUGCUCGCCCGCUGCGGGGAUGCUGCUGCUGCGGCCGCCGCCGCCGUUAGUACGGGGACUGCAGGCGGGAUAGCGGGUGGCCGCGGCGCCCGGCGGCAUGUGAGGAGCGGCGGGAGCGUAUCCCGAGCCCCGCGGCAGCGCUAAGGGGGCCCCUCCCUCCGGCGGCGGUUCAGCCCGCCCGAAGGCGCAGCGCGGAGGCGGGCGGGCAUCCCCGCUCCAGCCGCCCGCGAGGAGACAGCAGGACCGGCCACAAAGCGCCGCCGCCCGCCCUCCUCCGCACGCCGCGGCGCUGCCCCUGCCAGCCCCGCUCCCGGGGACGGAGGGAGGGGGCUCCCCUCGUCCCCUCGUCACCUUCUCGCCGCCCGAUCCAUGGGAGGAGCGGGCCGCCUCCCCCGAGGAAGCGCCGCCGCGGCUCGCCGGGACUGAGCGGAGCGGCCGGCGGCCGGCGCGGCGGGAGGAUGCCACUGCUGCGGAAGGCGCUGCGCGUCUCCAACCGCUCCAUGCUCGCCUUCAUCUUCUUCUUCUCCUUUUCCUCAUCCUGCCUCUACUUCAUCUAUGUGGCCCCUGGGAUCGCAAACACAUAUCUCUUUAUGGUGCAAGCUCGUGGUAUAAUGUUGAGAGAAAAUGUAAAAACAAUAGGACACAUGAUAAGAUUGUACACUAACAAAAAUACUACACUGAAUGGUACAGAUUAUCCUGAAGGAAACAAUUCUAGUGACUGUGUUGCUCAAACAACAAUGUAUCUUCCAGAGAACUUCACCUACUCUCCUUACCAGCCUUGUCCAGAGAAGCUGCCUUACAUGAGAGGCCUUAUUGAUGUCAAUAUGAGUGAAAUUAGUUUUGAUGAAAUUCAGCAACUGUUUUCAAAAGAUUUAGACAUUAAACCAGGAGGACACUGGAAACCAAAUGACUGUAAGCCACGGUGGAAGGUGGCUAUCCUUAUUCCUUUUCGUAAUCGCCACGAGCAUCUUCCAAUCUUUUUCCGACAUCUGAUACCUAUGUUGCAGAAGCAGCGGCUGGAAUUCGCCUUCUAUGUUGUUGAACAGACAGGUACACAACCUUUUAAUCGUGCAAUGCUCUUUAAUGUUGGCUUCAAAGAGGCUAUGAAGGAUGAUGUCUGGGACUGCAUAAUAUUCCAUGAUGUGGAUCACUUACCUGAAAAUGACAGAAAUUACUAUGGGUGUGGAGAAAUGCCACGCCAUUUUGCAGCAAAGCUGGACAAGUACAUGUACAUCCUUCCUUACAAUGAGUUCUUUGGUGGUGUGAGUGGCCUGACAGUGGAACAAUUCAGGAAGAUCAAUGGUUUUCCAAAUGCCUUUUGGGGAUGGGGUGGAGAAGAUGAUGAUCUUUGGAACAGGGUUCACUAUGCUGGAUACAAUGUAACAAGACCAGAAGGGGAUUUAGGGAAGUACAAAUCCAUUCCUCAUCAUCACAGAGGUGAAGUCCAGUUUUUAGGACGAUACAAACUUCUGAGGUAUUCCAGAGAACGCCAGUAUAUUGAUGGGUUGAACAAUUUAGUAUAUACUCCUAAAAUAAUUGUCAGUAGAUUGUAUAAAAAUAUAACUGUUAAUCUCACACCAGAACUCGCUCCUGUUAGAGACUAUUGAUGGAAGUGGAAUGGCAAGAUAUCCUACCAGAAUAAACUUUUAACACUGGAAGCUACUGAUAAACACUGUAAAACAAAACCAACAAACAGCAGCUUAGAAUUAGAGUUUUUUGACCAACUGAUGAUGCAUAUUUGGGAUGAGAAGUGAUUGUAUGGACCAUGCAUUUUGUUCUGAAAGAAAAGCCAGCAGCUACCACUCAGAUGUUUACAGCAUGAGACUACUGUUCAAGCCUUCAUUCUUCACACUCUCUAUCUGAACUACUCAACUAAAUAAACUGCAGAAAACAGACUUGUAGCUUCUCUGGAAGUAAGGACAGAGGCCUCUUCCAGGAAUUUUUUAUACUAAACUGCCCCUCCUCAUAUUUAAAUGAAUGCUUUUGUUUAUUUUUAAAAUGUGUUUUGUAAAUAUGUGAUGUAAAUUAAUGUGUGUACAUUGCUUUUCAAUUGUUCAAUAUUUUAUUCUUCAGUAUGUAUUUGAGUGUGUCGUUUGAAUUCUAUAGGAAUGUUUUUAUUAGCAUGAAAGAACAAGUGUAAAAUGUAAGUAUGCUUAUAAAAAGGUUAUACCUUAUGUUAAAUGAAGGAAAUAUUAAUUGUUGGCCAGCUAUGACUGUAAACUGUUAUACUAGUUUUGAGCUCUAGGCCUCCUGCAUAUCUAUAUAGAAAAAUCAAUUUCUUAUAUGAACCCACUAGAAAGAAAGCUUUGAAUUUUAUUUAUUGCCAGCAAAAUUGUAUGAUACCCUGCCUGCCAUCUGAAUCGUAUUUAUAUGCAUAUUGCAUGUGUAUAGCAGAAAAUCUUGCAGUUGUUGCAUAUUAUGAUCUACAGGAACUCUUAACUGUUUCCAAGUGUGCCACUAGUGUCAAUGUCAGGGAUUUUAAUGCCUAAAAUGAUGUGUCUGGGUGCGUACAGUAUUUUGGUAUUGUUGUUUUUUUUUUCUUUUUCUUUUUUUUUUUUUUUUUUAAUUUUAGUAAACAGCACUUUUAUUCCUCCAAAAUCAGAAGAGCCAAAAAUGUGUCUUCAUUGGAAGAAUAUUAAAGUUAGAUUUUUAAGAGAAUAAUAAAACAUAGUCUAAUAGUUCAGAUGCUUGCAGUCUGGGAUUUUCAGAAGCACAGUGUUGGUCGCACUGUUCUGCUGAUGAGGAUGGUGAUGACAUAAGCAGAACAGAAAGCAGGCCAAUCCCAAGUGCUUUUUAAAAUUCCACUCAUAAUAUAUUAUUCAAUAUAGCUAUUUAAGGGCCUGUUCUGGUAGAGUGCUGAGUGCUUCUAUGAUGCACUGAGGAUCCUCAAGUCGAUGACUGUCAAUGAGAUUGAGGUUGCACAGUCCUGCUAAGGAUUGGUCCUACCUGUUUCUCUAUUUUAGUGGUGUUAAAUGUAUGAGUAACUAGUCUCUUUCCUUAUCUUCUUAUUUUCUCUUUGCUUGUAAUGUUAUGCGACCUGAAAGUAUCCCACUGCUAAGCAUUAUUAUAUUUCCUAAUAUUUUUUUAAGUCCCUUGUUAAUACAAAGGAAGAGGACCAGGUCAUUUAUUUUCUAUGUUAAUGCAAAUAUAGUGACCAAGAUAUACUAAACUCUUUCGUUUGUCACAGUUACUCAACUCUUUAGGAACCAAAGACUGAUUUCUGCUCCCAUAAAGAAUGGAAAGCAGUAUAUAUAAUAAGGAUUGUUUAUCCAUGGAGUGUUCUGUAAGAGUGUUGACAAAGAAUCUUAACUUUAAGUCAUUACUAUAUGUUGGUUUCCUGAAUUGCUGCCGCAGAUGGUGUGGUGCUUUUUUGUAUAUUUUAAGUUUGUUUGCCAUAAACACCAUUUAUUUCUUUGGUGUCCCAGCAGCAAAUUUUGCCCUUAGCCAUCCUUUAGUAACGUUAUGCGCUUAGCUGUAGGCAUCCCAAAUAUUUAGUAGAAAUAUUGUUAUUUAAUUUAGUAGUUGAGAACAAUUGUAAGGGAUAUUUUACACCAUACUGGAAUUACCUUAAUAUCUACCAGUUAAUCUAAUAUGCUGUAGGAAUGAUGUAAUACACUGAAAAUAAUUAAAAGCAUAAAGUGAAGAAAACAUCCUUCAAAAGCAUGCUUAAGUGGUUUGCUCACCUCUUGAUAGAUUUUUUUACAACUGGGUGUCUAGAACAUUCCGAAACAUAUGGAGAAAGCAUAGAUAAUGCACUGUAUGAACAAUCAUAUCUUCAAAAUAAAAUUAGUCUUAUUUCAUAGCAGACUAAUACAGUUCUUUAGGAACAGUUGAAUAAAUUUUUAAAUCCCUCAUGUAAUUUUGAAGUGAUUUCUGGUUUUCAGUACAGGUUCACCUACGAUUUCACACCUAUGAUUAUGAAACAUCCUCUGGUACCGUAGGUCUGUACUGUUUUCUGAAGCAUGCUUUUGUGCCCAUUUCUUAGGCAUUCUGUGAAAUUUAUGUGCAAUUAAAAAAUCUGAUGCAUAUAUAUGUAUAUAUACUUACAUAUAUACAUACUAUAUUACACAUAUGCUGUGGCUGAACUAAUAUAACUUUACAGCUUCAAGUGAUUGAUCAUGUGUGGUCCUAGAAAAAUGUGAUUUAAAUCAGUAUGUGAAUGGAUUGUGACGUAUAGCUGAGUUCUUAAAAAGUUUACAUUUUGGUGCCCCAAAAUGAUGGAUGUUAAACUAUGAAUUGUUGACCAGCACUCUUCUCUAAAUACCUUUUAUCACUUUGUUUGGAAGUUCUAGAAGUUGCCAUCUUAAAUGACAUCAAAAUAGUGUUUGUAUACUACCUGCUUGAACUCAGUACUCUCCUGUAGUGAAUUUUAACAUAGACAGUGCCUUCAAACAAAAUAAAUACAAUGCAGAGCUAAGAGUUGUGCACGUUCCUUUUGAUAAUUUCAUGGUUCUUGUAAAAUAUAGAGAGAAGCCAAUCACAUUGGCUUUUGCAUUGCUGACAAGGCAAAUAAGGGUCAUCUUCAAGGAGUGAACAUGGAGGGAGAAGAAGGGAGUAUUUUACAAGACUCUGAAGGUCUUGCAAAUUAGCAAGUAAAAACAUUACAGAAAUAUUAGGAGUAGAAUCUGGUUAAUAUGCUAAGAUAGUCUCAAGCCCAUUUUCUAUGUUUCAGAUUUAAGUAAGAGAAUAUAAAAUAUAAAGUCCAUUUUGCAAAUAGGCAGUGUAUUGAAAAACAAGUGCAAAAUGUCCUUUUUCUUGGAUCUUGCCACUCUAUUUUUCUAUUGUUAUGUUUACUAAUUGUAGUGGGUUACUUAUGAGCCAGCUGUUUAAAAAAGUUAAAAGGAUCCAUUGCAUAUCAGCAAGUGGAAGUGUACUUAAGGUUAUUUUAUUUGUAGAGGUAUGUAAGAUAGGCUUAAUGAAAAAAUGCACUGAAACAAAUGCUGGGAAUUUCCUGUGUACUAUCAUAUUUUUGGGUUUUUUUUGUUGUUCAUGAAAAUGUUUGUACUUUUUUAUCAUUGUCUUUUAUGAAAUAUAAUGUUCUAAAUA